AUGUCUGAUUCAUCAAAUGUUCAAGAGUCGAGAAAACGUGUGAGGGAUAACAAUGAGGAUAUGGAGUUGGUCAUGACAGUUGUAGGUUUUAUUAUGGUAGUAGUAGGGGCUUGGUAUGGUCAAAAAUAUAGAGUGAGAGAGAUAACUUGGGACGAAAGUAAGCGUGCCCAAAAGAGGGCUAUUUGGAUGGAGGAUUUGAGGAAUGAUAGGAUAUGCCGAGAGCAAUUGCGUUUUGAUAUACGUUGUUUUGACAAAUUGUGUAGUAUUUUGCAGUCUAGAGGAGGGUUAAAGACUACUAGAUAUGUUACAGUAAAAGAAAUUGUUGCAUUGUUCCUUCAUAUUCUUGCACAUGAUUUAAAAAAUAGGACUAUGCAAUCAAUUUUUGCUCGCUCUGGAGAAACAGUUAGUCGUCAGUUUCACGUAGUACUCGAAGCUGUACUGAAGAUAGGUAAAUAUUAUAUCAAGCCAGUUAGCCAUACCACUAAUUGUUCACGGGAUGAUAAGUGGAAGUGGUUUGAGGGGGUUGUUGGAGCUCUUGAUGGGACCCACAUUAAAAUGACGGUCCCUAUUGAGGAUCGACCUCGUUAUCGAGAUAGAAAAGGAGAUAUUAGCACUAAUGUCUUAGCUACUUGUGACCCAAACCUUAUUUUUACUUAUGUUCUACCGGGUUGGGAGGGAUCGGCAUCGGAUCCUCGAGUCCUUCGUGAUGCUCUUCGAAGGCCUAAUGGACUUAAAGUACCAAUAAAUAGAUACUUCCUCGUAGAUUUGGGAUAUACUAAUGGCGAAAGUUUCUUAGCUCCUUAUAAAGGUACUCGUUACCAUUUGAAUUUGUGGCGAGGUAAUACUCCAACAAAUUAUAAGGAACUCUUUAACUUGCGACAUUCUUCCGCUCGAAAUACCAUUGAAAGAGCAUUUGGGUUAUUGAAAAAGCGUUGGAGUAUUAUUAGAGAUCCUAGUUUUUAUGGGAAGAAGACUCAAGUUAAAAUCAUGAAUGCUUGUUUCAUCCUCCAUAAUUUUUUAAGAGAGGAGAAAUUGGAGGAAGAAAGUCUAUUACAAGAAGUAGACCAAGAUCUAUUGAAUGCGGAAGGAAUUGAUGAAGAACAACAAGAAGAUUAUAUUAUGGCUAUUAGGUCUUCACACGAGUGGAAUGAAUUUCGAGAUGAUCUUGCUAGAAAAUUGUUUGCGGAUUACCAAAGGCGGCGAAGGGCACAUCAUGCUACUUGA